ACGUGACCGCGUGUGGUCGCUGUCGGGCGUCGUGCGUGAGUCGUGACGUCAGCGGGCAACGCACGUUCAGCGCGUGUGAUCAUAGAAUGAUAGAAAAGCUAAACACGCUUCUGUACGGAAGGAAUUAUGAAAAACAACCGUAUUCUAGCAUUUUGUUAAGAAAACCAACCUUCUCUUAUUAAAAUAUCUUUUUUGAAAUAACAGAGUCACAGGAAAAGACGCUUGAAAUCAACAUCGAAAAAUAAGGCCCAGGACUGAAUCGGAUCCAGCCCAGCAUGGACGGAGAUGGAGAGGGCCAGAGCCGCUGGUGUCUGUCCCAAGUCAAAGGAGCCAUAGAUGAUGAUGUAGCUGAAGCUGACAUCAUCUCUGCGGUGGAGUUCAGUCACUCUGGGGAGCUUUUGGCCACAGGAGAUCGAGGUGGAAGAAUAGUGAUCUUCCAGCAAGAACAAGAGAAUAAGAACUUGCCGCAGGGCCGUGCUGAGUAUAACGUCUACAGCACGUUCCAGAGUCACGAGCCAGAGUUCGACUAUCUGAAGAGUCUGGAAAUCGAGGAAAAGAUCAACAAGAUCCGCUGGCUUCCUCAGAAAAAUGCUGCACACUUCCUCUUGUCCACAAACGAUAAAACCGUCAAGCUCUGGAAAAUCAGUGAACGAGACAAGAGACCGGAGGGCUAUAACCUCAAAGAAGAGGAUGGCCGCUACAGGCAUCCGUCAUCCCUCACAACACUACGGGUUCCAGUGUUUCAGCCGAUGGAUCUGAUGGUGGAGGCGAGUCCACGGCGGGUUUACGCCAACGCUCACACCUACCACAUCAACUCCAUCUCCGUCAACAGCGACAACGAGACGUAUCUGUCCGCCGAUGACCUCCGGAUCAAUCUGUGGCACCUGGACUUCACCGACCGAAGCUUCAACAUUGUUGAUAUCAAGCCGGCCAACAUGGAGGAGCUGACGGAGGUGAUCACGGCUUCAGAGUUUCACCCGCUCCAGUGCAACACGUUUGUGUACGGCAGCAGCAAGGGCUCCGUGCGUCUGUGUGACAUGAGGGCGUCUGCGCUGUGUGACCAGCACUCCAAAUUGUUUGAGGAACCCGAGGACCCCAGCACACGCUCCUUCUUCUCGGAAAUCAUCUCAUCCAUCUCAGACGUCAAGUUCAGUCACAGCGGCCGAUACAUGAUGACCAGAGAUUAUCUGACCCUGAAGAUCUGGGACCUGCACAUGGAGAGUCGACCGGUGGAAACCUACCAGGUUCAUGGUUAUCUCAGGAGUAAGCUGUGCUCUCUGUACGAGAACGACUGCAUCUUUGAUAAGUUUGAGUGCUGCUGGGGGGGCGAUGACAGCGAGGUCAUGACGGGCUCCUAUAACAACUUCUUCCGGAUGUUCAAUCGCGACGCCCAGCGGGACGUGACCCUGGAGGCCUCGUGGGAGAACGGCUCCCCCGGCUGCCCGCUCAAGUCCUGGCGUGUGUCCGCAGGGAGCCGGCGCAAGAGGAGCGAGAUCGGCGUCGACUGCCUGGACUUCAGCAGAAAGAUCCUCUACACCUCCUGGCAUCCUCAGGAUAGCAUCGUCGCACUGGCGACAGUCAAUAACCUUUACAUAUUCCAGGAGAAACCGAAUUAGGGAUUUGGAACUUCAUCCCUAUUCCUAGCUCUGAGAGUCAGACGGGAUACACGCCAAGCACAACGUCUUUCCUGAAACUCAUAGUCUUAAUAUUAACCACUGUAGUACACAAAAACCUUUGGGUUAUUCUAUUAUGUUAAUUGAUACACUGUUGGCCGGAGGAAGGGAUUUUUAGUUAUUACUGUAUUUUUAUUUUUAUUUUGCACAUCAUCUGUUUUAGCUUUAAUCGGAAGCAUCACUCAUUGCUGGGUUAUAAACACACAACCAAACUGACAAAGCAACCCCCGCGGAAUCCUGUUUAAUAAGUUUGCAGAAUCAUAAUAGAUAAAUUGGACUCCACGUGCACUGAUUGCUCCCUUCCCAACUCAGACCUGGUGCAACGGGACGUUUCCUUCACCAAACACUCGUCGAACGCCUGACAUUAGUCCACAAGUGCAAUUGACUUAAGCAGGGUUCCCAAAUAGCUCCAUUAUUCCCUCCAUUAAGUCCCUAAUCGUGGCAUUAAUUUUAUGCAAUAUCUUCGUCUUAGUGGAAAGGGAGACUCUUAAUUGUUUUAUAGAUAGACACACAAAUGUUUUGCGUCCCAAGUAAAUGUUUGUGCAGAUGUGCAUGUUCUAUGAUUUUCAGCAUCUUUUGAUGUGUGUCAUUUGAUUUGCAGCUUUUUAAAUACAGAAUGGUUCCUAUGGGGUAAAGAAUGCUCUAGAUAUUUUUAUAUGAAUUUUCGAAAAUCUAAAUUAUGUCCUUGACAGUAUUCAGUGUAUUAAUGCUGUUGAUUGGUGCAGAAUGAUUCUGUAUAAUAGUGUUUACAUGGAAAUCAGGCCUGCUGUACAUGAACAAACCCUGGAGUAUGUUCCCUUUAUCUUAAUAGUUGUACAACCCAAAAUGUAAAAUAAAAAUAAAAAUUUUAAGACUGAAAAUUAAA